CCUGUGUCGCAGGUCUCAACUGCAGAACUUUUGUGUCCAUAAGACUUCCCCUUGUCCUCUCGAGCAGCGGUGUGGGCCAGCACUGUACCGGAACACCAUUUUACAAACACCAAAACUGAAGCUACGAGAGCCCAGUACAGGGAGAUGUCCGAGUUUGAACCCAGGGACUCCCCCGGACUUCAGCCUUCCUGUCGCUCACACCUACUGGAGUCACUCCUGAGGCCCAAGCCGGGCCUCCUGCCCCGGAGUAGUGUUGUAGCCCCAUCCUGGGCAGGUGCUUCCUCUACUGAGCUCCCUGAGUGUCAAACCACAGCCUGGAUCUCCAAGCCGCUGAUGGAGAAGAAACGACGGGCGCGCAUCAACGUGUCGUUGGAGCAGCUGAAAUCGUUGCUGGAGAAACACUACUCUCACCAGAUCCAGAAACGCAAGUUGGAGAAGGCGGACAUACUGGAGCUGAGUGUCAAGUACAUGAAAAGCCUUCAGAACUCGGUUCAAGGACUCUGGCCAGUCCCCAGCGGAGCCGAAUACCCGUCGGGCUUCCGCCGCUGCCUGCCGGGCGUUAGCCAGUUCCUGCGGCGCGGAGAGGAGGGCGGCGGCGGCCCACGCUGCCCCCUGGUGCCCGAGCGCGUGGGCGGCAGCACCAUGGACAGCGCCGAUCCCUGCCCGGAGACUCCCGGAACGCGCGGCUUCUGCGCUCCCGCCGUCUGGGCCCCUGUUCCGGUCUCCGGGGGCUCGCGGUCUCCGCCACCCCGGCUCCUCUUCCCUGAAGGGCUCCCCGGUCCGACCUCCAGCGUCCCGGCGCCGCAGCCAGCAUCUCGCCGUUGUGCAGACAGCCCGGGAGCGGGGCUCCGCGUGUGGCGGCCCUGGUGAGGCCCAAUGCGGUCUCGGACACAAGGAGGCCCCUGUCUGGCUUGGGGACGCAGAGACUGUUUUCAGAGCGCCCGCGGUAAUGGCCGGGACCCCAGUUGUCAGUUCUGGUCAGGGGCGGGGUGGUCGAAAAGGUGCUGCGUGCCCGCAGACGCGGAGAAAUACACGGAACCACGGGGGGACCCGGGUCUGCGCGUCUAGGCAUAAUCCAUCCAUCAGUCCAGCCCCACCUACUCAGGCAGAACCCGCUCUCUUCUCCCGCCCACCCUCCAGUAGGGCUGGGAGCGGGUGUCCCGGCCUGCGCCCUUUUCCCAGGGCUCCCGGAGGAAGCCCGCCCCCGCCCAGCAGCCGAACUACGGUGGGAAGGUCGCCGUCAGCAGCAGCGCAGAGCGGACCCCUCGCAGCGAGGAGAAUUGCUGCCCCGCCCCGGCCCAUUCAGCCAGCCGGAGACGCCCCGUUCCCACCGACCCAAAGCGCGCCGGGCCCCUCCCCGCCCCGGCGGCGAGGGGCCCCAAGCCCACCCCCACCAUGGGCCCUCAGGGCUUCCAAGGAUCCCCACCCCCUCCGCCCGCGGCACGCCCCGCCUCUCCAGAAGUUCCGGCGGAGCUGCCCAACCCCGAAAGAUGCUCCGCCCGCAUGGCUCCGGGAAGUCCCCGUGCACCGCCGCGCCAGUUUGAAGGCUGCUAGAGAGAAGCCGAGUUCCUAUCCUGCGAGAGUUCACCCCAGGGACUCGGCAAAGACCCCCGGCCCCGGUCGGGGAGCCCCCGCCUCCAGACCUCUGGGCCGCCAGGGAGCUCAGGAUCUUCAGCAGCCCUCGGAGCUCUCUGCGUCUGUUUAUUCGUC